GAAAGCUUGAGGAAUUGUACAAGCUUAUACAAACUCACUUUAAGUGGGAACCAACUUAGUGGUAACAUUUCAGAGGCAUUUGGAUCAUAUCCGAACCUGUUGCGCAUUGACAUAAGCAACAAUCAACUAACAGGAGAGCUCUCGCCGAGCUGGAGUGGAUGUCACAGUCUUCAACGGUUGGAUUUCUCUAAUAACCACAUCAUCGGCAAGAUUCCAGGUUCAAUUUCUCAACUGGCACGAUUGGGGCUAAUAAAUAUUUCUACCAAUUACAUAACAGGAGAGAUUCCAAGAGGAAUAGGGGAACUUUCGUUCUUGCAAUAUAUAGAUAUGAGUAACAAUCAUAUUUCUGGUGGCAUACCAUCAGAGAUUGGAAUGUUAAAAAAUUUGCAGUAUUUGGAUUUGUCAUCAAACAACCUUAGCGGACCAAUACCUGAAGAGCUUGGGAAUUCUACUACGUUGAUUCGAUUGAAGCUGAGUAAAAAUACCUUGAACGGAAAAAUUCCUUCUCAGUUGGGGAACUUGGCAGGACUAUCUAUGCUGCUAGAUCUUAGCCGUAACAUGCUAACAGGGACAAUACCAGACCAACUUGGGAAGUUAAAUCAUCUGGAGAAGCUCAAUCUUUCCCAUAACAAGCUCAUAGGUACAAUCCCAUCAUCUUUGGCAGGAAUGGUUAGUUUGACUUCAGUUGAUUUGUCCUUUAACAGUCUCAUAGGUCCUCUCCCAAACAACUCUGCCUUCCUGAAUGCUUCGGUAGAGUCAUUUAUAGGCAAUCUUGGCUUAUGUGGAGGAGUUAACUUGCGUCCAUGCAAGCCUCCAAAAGAUGUUAUACACCAAAAGAAAAGUCAAACAUUGGAGGCGAUUGUUACUCCAGUUGCUGCAGUCCUCAUUCUUCUGUUCCUGGUUACUGGAACUUGCAAGAUCUGUCAAAAAACAAAAUUGAGAAGGCGAAACAAGAGCAGAAUCAUUGUUGAAACAAGCCAAGGAAAUGAUUUUUUCUCCAUAUGGAACUAUGACGGUAAACUUGCUUAUGAGGAUAUUGUCAAUGCUACAAAGAAUUUCAGUGAUGACUAUGUUGUUGGUACAGGAGGUCAUGGUAGCGUCUACAAAGUUGAACUCCCCACAGGUCAAAUAGUGGCAGUCAAGAAGUUCAAUCAACAGGGUAGUGAUACGUUGACAGACUUCGGCUUCAGAAAUGAGAUUAUAGCAUUGACAGAAGUCCGCCAUAGAAACAUAGUCAAGCUCUAUGGGUUCUGUAAGCAUCCUCACUGCUCAUUCUUAGUGUAUGAAUAUGUAGAGAGGGGAAGCGUGGCAAACAUACUAAGCAGCAAUGAAGAGGCUGGAGGAUUAGAUUGGGAAAAGAGGGUGAAUAUCAUAACUGGUGUUGCAGAUGCUUUGUCAUAUAUGCAUCAUGAUCAUUCAAUUCCAAUAAUCCACCGUGACAUCUCCAGCAAGAACAUUUUGUUAUAUCCAGAUUUUGUUGCAUGUGUUUCUGAUUUUGGAACGGCAAGAUUACUAAACCCAAAUUCAUCCAACUGGACUAGGCGUGUAGGUACGCAUGGCUACAUGGCUCCAGAGUUGGCAUACACCAUGAGAGUGACAAAGAAAUGUGAUGUCUAUAGCUUUGGAGUGCUAGCACUUGAAGUUCUGAUGGGAAGGCAUCCUGGGGAGCAACUAUCAUCUUUUGCGGUUCUCACAGAGCAAGAGAUGGAUGUAAAGCUCUGGGAUAUGUUGGACCAACGUAUAUCAGCUCCAAUGGACCAAGAAGCAGAGAAAGUGCUUUUUGUAGCCAAACUUGCUGUCAUGUGCACAUAUGUGAAUCCAGAAACACGGCCUACAAUGCGUGCUGUUUCUCGGCAUCUUUCCAGUACUCAUAAAAAAGGUCUUUUCUUCUUCAAUCUCUUCGAAGACAGUCUGUAAAAAAUGCGACGCAUCAUGAUGAUGAUCUAGAAGCGCAAGUACUGCUUCGAUGUACAAAAUCAUAAAGUGCCAUUUGAAUAAAGCUGCUGGUUGGCGAUGCAUAAGCUUGUAUAAGGUUUUAGCUGGA